UUGAUCGAGAGACAAUCCACGGAGAGCGAAUCAAAACAUUUUGAUUGUUCGAGCAUCAGCAGAAUAAAGCCAAACAGCUCAAAUUAAAUGCAGUCAGCGAAUUUGUGUGGAAUAUGCUGAUUUAGUUUUAUUGGGGCAUCGAAAAGACAAUUCCAUAAGGCAGUGAUUGUUACUAGUACACUGCGUCACUGAUUCGAUAUCUCCUGCACUGGGAUUCGGAAACGAAAAUAAAAAUAAACUGCAAAUUGGUGCCUACCUACUGUUGAAUGAAUAUUAAUUGUGUAGUGAAAGUUUUGUUUUGCGAAUGAAAAAUAUUACCAAUGGAAAGGUCAGCUCUACGCAAGCAAUCGAAAUGGUGAUUACUUAACCCGGUGAAAUUCUCUGCUGCUGCUGCUGCUGCUGUUCGAACUAACGCAAUUCAAUUAGGCUGAGUGGCAUAUUGAAAGAAAAAAAGAAACAUCAUGUGCGUAUCAAAAUUGCACGGAUUCUGCUCGCAGUGGCGCAGCUGGAUCCGGCCACUGUUGGUUGUGACGUACGUGCUGUUUGUCAUCGUUGUGCUUCCGCUGCUGAUUGUGAACUCCGUUAAGGAUGGCUUUAGCCGUAAGGACCAGCUGAUCCUGAUCGGUGGCCUAUUUGUGAUUGCGGCCAUUCCCAUUUCCAUCUGGCAAAUCACCCAACAUACCUUGAAUUUAACUAAACCAAUCCUUCAAAAGCACAUUAUCAGAAUUCUUUGGAUGGUUCCUAUAUAUGCAAUGAAUGCGUGGCUCUGUCUGUUAUUCCCGCAGCAUGCCAUCUAUAUGGACAGUAUUCGCGAGUGCUAUGAAGCGUAUGUAAUCUACAACUUUAUGAAAUAUCUUCUCAACUAUCUUAACCUGGAGAUGGAUUUGGAACGAACGCUGGAGUACAAACCACCGGUGCGGCACGUUUUCCCCCUGUGCUGGAUGGCGCCAUGGCCACCGGGAAGAGAUUUUGUGCACAACUGUAAGCACGGUAUCCUGCAGUAUACCGUGGUUCGACCCAUCACGACCUUUGUAGCCUAUAUUUGUGAGGUAAACGGGGUCUAUGGAGAGGGUCUUUUCGAAACGGACAUGGCUUUCCUCUACAUAAUGGUCAUCAACAAUUGCUCCCAGUUCAUUGCCAUGUACUGUUUGGUAUUAUUCUACAAAGCUAACAAGACCGAGCUUAAACCAAUGCAACCACUGCCAAAGUUUUUCUGCAUUAAGGCAGUGAUCUUUUUCUCGUUUUUCCAAGGCGUGAUAAUCUACAUCCUCGUAUAUUGGGGCAUCAUCAAAGACAUUUUUGGUUCUGAAAGUACCGAUGACCCGAAGUUGCUAUCAUCGAAAUUACAGAAUUUUCUCAUCUGCAUCGAAAUGUUCCUGGCUGCACUGGCGCAUCAUUUCAGUUUUUCCCACAAGCCAUACGUUAGUAAUUAUCCCGUCAGCAGUAUAGAAAGUGGUCUCAAUAGUAGCAUAAACGGAAUGAGUCAGAGAUCGUGGUACAGUGCGCUGCUAAGUAUGCUAGAUAUAUCGGACGUUCAUCAAGAUGUCAGCGAACAUUUGGGCGUGGUGGGUAGCUCCUUGAGUAGACGAUUGCGGGGUCGAACAACGUACCAAAUGCCGCGGGAAGGCAGUGGAUUCUGUGAUGCUGGUUCCGAGAGGGAAUAUUUAGUACAACCUGUUAGUGGUCCGAGCAGCCCGCGAGCAGGCCAACACUAUCAGAGUGGACUAAACCAGUCUGGUGAUCAAGUGAACACUAACCUUCCUAAGUCGGCACAGAACCGUUACGGAACGCUAGACAGCGGCAUCAGUAUAGUAAAACCAAAAUUAGAUAAACUGGUGGAAACACCGCACGAAGGUGCUCCCAAAGUGGUGAACAUUUUCAGUCAGUUUCAAAAUUCAAAAAACCUCAAUCUGAUGCUGGCCCGGUCGCCUAGCUUCGACAAUCUGACAUCCUCCAGUAGUUCUAAUCAGAAAGCACUCGCUACCACUGGCAGCGGACGCACGUCUGGUACGGCAACGGAUAACACGACAACUUCCACAACCUCGGACACUAAUCUGAGAAAGUCGGAAAGUAAUAAUAGCGACUGGCUUAGCACUCCCGACGAGGAUCUGGGGAUCGAUGUCAAAGGUUUGAGUAACGAUCGAAUCAACUACCAGCCGGAUCGAAAAGCUUAAGCUAAAUCAAUCAGCAAAUCUCGUGCGCUACGAUCAAGCUUUUUCUAUAGGAAAAUUAAUACGAAAUUUUUUUUUUGAGAUGAAAUCUAUAUUGGCAAUCAGAGAGCGAGAGGAAACGAAAAAGUAUUUUGUUCGUGGGUGUGAUCGUGUUUAGUCAAUAUUCUUAUACAUACUUUCUAUUUCUGUGUUAUUUAAGAUGCAUGAUUAUUAAUCGAGAUUUUCAUUUUUGUUCACAAUUUGAACACGUUAAUUAGCAAGUAUUUAUAAUUUAUAAUGCCUUCUCGAGAUUUAGGUUUGCUUAAACCAGUAAAAGUCUUAGAAUAUUCCACCGCGAGUGCGGCGUGGAACGCCGACCAUGAUAUUCGCUUAACGGUAAUUGAUCGUGAGAAAAAAUAUUUAAUCGUGCUUACUAUUAUUGAAGUGUACUUGGCACAUAAUCGAUUCUAAAACUGCGUACUGUCGUAAUAUAGCAACAAAACUAGCCAAGUGUUCAUGAUUUAGUCUAAUGUUGGAAUAGGCAACGUUUCUUUUAGUAUUGUUGCAUUAAAAUGUGAUUAAACUGAA